AUGAACACACGUGUGUAUAUAUAUAAAGCGAGCCUGUACCACACGGAGAGUGUUGUGGUCGGCGCGGGCGGAGGUUCCCAGAAUGCGUUUUCCUCGUCAUCAGCGGUGACGAAUCAGCGACGUCACAGUGACGCGAGAAUAAAACUAGAGGAGCACCCGCGCGGCCGCCACACACGGGCUGACGGGCAGCUGAGAGGAGCCUGGAGCCCCGCAUGGACACGAGCACAGCCCGCGGCCGCAGCCCUGGCGCCCCGCUAUGAAUGGAUGGAGUCCCCGCUGCCGGCUCACGAGCAGCAACAGGACGACGAGGAUGACACCGUGCCCGCCGGUAAAUAUACACCGACCUUACUGUGUUGUGGAAACGAGUGGACCUGUAGGGACCUGUGUGACCCUGAGAAGUGGGUGUGUGGUGACGUGGUCCGGUGUGUGCGGUGGGUGUCUCGUCAGUUCUCAGUGCCGGCUCCCAAGACCCACCUGCUGCCCUCUAGCGGCGCCGAGCUCCUCGCCCUCACUGCAGACAAUUGGCUCGAGGUGUGUUCUGGGAACGAGCAGGCGGCCCGUAUCUUCCAGGCGUACGUGGCGCACGCUCACGCCGCGGCCAAGGGUCGCCCUCCGCCUCCUCAGCUGCCGGAACAUCAGACGUCCAGCUCGCAGCAGCAGCAGACCGACGGCGGGAAUGAGAUCACGGCUCCUCGCAUUAGCAUCACUAUCUGUGAAGUGUGCGGACACCGUGAGGUCGGAGGGCGAAGGGCAAAGGGCGGAGGACAGAGGUCACUCUGA